GAGUGCCCUCCCUGUUACUGCUUUCAGUGGCAAUGUGACUCCAACUAUAAAUCACGAAUCAAGCCCAACAUCCUACACUGAAUACUAUAACUACCUUGAGGGGGACUAUGGGAUGUGUGAGUACGGGCAUUAUGGAGCCAAAUACCUUCCUUUCCUCUACAGCAUUAUCUUCAUCCUGGGCCUUCUGGGAAACUCUCUGGUCAUCUGGGUCACCAUCUACGGGGUGCGUCUCCGCAGUAUGACCGACGUGUGCCUCCUGAACCUGGCCAUCGCUGACCUGCUGUUGGUGUGCUCUCUUCCCUUCCUCGCCCACCAAGCCCGCGACCAGUGGCUGUUCGGAGAUGCUAUGUGCAAAGUGAUCCUGGGCAUUUAUAAUAUUGUUUUUUACUGUGGGAUCUUCUUCAUCUGCCUGAUGAGCAUCGACCGGUACUUGGCCAUAGUUCACGCUGUUUACGCCAUGAGAGCACGGACACGGUCAUUCGGACUGGUCGCAGCUGCUGUUACCUGGGUGGCUGGAUUUCUGGCUUCAUUCCCUGAUCUGAUCUUUCUCAAAUUGCAAAUUGCCAACUCGACUACGUUCUGUGCUCCGGAGUAUCCCUUAACUGAGUCGAGCGACAACAGUUUCUCUUCUCUUCACUUCUGGGGGGUCUUUAGCCUUUUCAAAAAGAACAUUUUGGGUCUGCUAGUCCCAGCCCUCAUCAUGGGGUUCUGCUACUCUCAGAUUGUGUGGAGGCUGCUGCACUGCCAGUCGGCCAAGAAACAGGCCAUCCGGUUAGUCCUCGCAGUGGUGGUGGUUUUCCUCUGCUGCUGGCUCCCCUAUAACAUUGCUUUGUUCUUCAAAGCACUGGAGCUCCUGGAUCUCUACACAGAUUGUGGAAAGAGCCAAGCCAUCAGGUUGACUUUACAAGUCACAGAGGCCAUUGCCUACGCUCACAGCUGCCUCAACCCCUUCCUGUACGUGUUUGUCGGGGAGAAGUUCAGGAGGCACCUGGUGAGGCUGAUAAACACAGCUCCCUGUUGGCUGUGUCGGGUGUUCAAGGUCCACAUCCCUCGGGACAGAAGAGGAUCACUGUACUCACAAACCACCAGUGUGGACGAGAGGAGCACCGCUGUGUAAAGUCAAGUUCAGGCCACAGUGGCGCUUUGUGAAGGUCGUUUAGAUUCAGGUCAAGAAUAGGGCAAGAUUUUGGCACGUGGCGUUUGAGAUAGCCACGUGCCAAAAUAUAUAGGUCUAAAGGAAUACAAGAAAGCACAUAUGACUUUGUAUGAUUUUUAAAACUUAUCAUCAAAAUUGCGAUUUUUCAACUAUAACAAUAUCACCAUUACACCAUGUACUACGGUGGCCCUGAGAGCUACGGUGGCCCUGAGAGCUCAACGAACUUUGGCCACUUUGUAUUUGCUGUAGAUUUCUGUAAUGUGUUAUGUUGAGUUGUGAAAUUGAUGAAGAUGUUUUCUUACCUUGCUUGUGUUUUGUGAACUUGCAUGUGUUUUCUUAAGUUCUUAAGGAGCUCUCAGGGCCACCGUAAUACGCAGAUUUGACCAUUUACACGUUUCAAUAUUUCUCUACAUUCAAAUCUUGAUAUUCUUACUAUAUACACUUUUUUAUUUUUAUAUACAUUUCUCUCUUUUUUUAUAAACUCUGUGGAGUACGUUAGAUUUAAUAUGUAAUGUAAAUAGUUAAUACCUCAGCAGGGCAUAUACAGUAUGUUUCAAGCCAACAUGUGACUUGCACUUGUCCCUCUUGGCAGCUUGAGCAAAAGUCUUAAUGCAUCCUGAAGCAUAUUCAGUUUCGCAUGUCUAUAGCAGCACCACUUUAUAAAAUGGAGAACAGUAGGCUUGAAAAUAUGCUUUUCAAACAACACCUGCUUAGAACAUUUGCACGAUAUGUUUGCGAUAUUUUAAAGUGAGCUUUUUAACAGAUUGCAUCUGCACCUGCAAGUACGACGUAGUAUAUUUUUAAAAACGUCUUUUCCCUUGUACUCACAUACUAUUAGCUGAAGCCACCGUGACCUCAUUUAAUCAUGGGUGGCACAAAACAACAGCAGGAGUGUUAUAUAGAUUCUGACCAUAGCGGUUAGGUUCAGAAAAAAAAAAGAAGUUUAUUGACACCUCUGUCACACAUGCCUCCGUUUUCUUGGUAUCAAACAGUUUCACAGCACAAAAAGCUUGCUGCUGCAUCGGGAAGCUAUAUGUGCAUUGCAAGCUUCACAGCUUUCUGCAGCAAACCGUUUGCACUAAAUCCAGAAAAAACCACGACAUCAAAGGGGAAGGAUGUCACCAAGCUGCCAUUUUAACAUGUCUAGCAUUUGUGAAUCCAAGCAUUUUAUCAUAACAUUUUGAAUAUUUCUACAUUAUGCAUUUCAUAAAAUGUCAUAAUAAUGGAGGGUGAAAUUACUUUAAAUAAUAAUAUAUAUAUAUGUAUAUGUAUAUGUAUAUGUAUAUGUAUAUGUAUAUAUAUACAUAUAUAUGUGUGUAUUCUAUCCAAAUUACUAAAUAAUACUCAUUAUUUGACCAUUACUUGGCAGAUAUUUUGAAACUAUGUCACCCAAAUGAUCUAAAGCUCAAUACAAUUCCAUUAUCAGUCUUUUCUCAAAGGGUUUCUAUUAAUUCUGUACCAUAGUUAACUAAAUGUAACAUGGGUUUGUUACAUUUAAAGAAGAUAUUGAAGGGAUGACACGAUAAAACAUCAACUUAUUCCUUCCUAUUUCAGAUAUGAGUGACAAUGCGAGCACAAUACAACCGCAGCAUCCCCCGCCCCCAGCCCUAAUUUCAGAACAUCCUGUCUGUAGCCGGCUGUCAGUGAGGCGAAACGUCAACAGAGAUGCAGGAGACUCACGGCAGCACUUUCUAACCUUGAGUGUAAUAAAAACCCAGACAUGUCAAGUGGGCCGCGUGCUGGACCGUACCAGCAUGUUGCUCCUCUGAGGGUAUCAACGAUAUCAGGUUUUCAUCUUAUUCUGAAAAGCAUACUGUGAACACUUGGUUUUGGUUUUAGUCAGAGUAUAACAGCUGUAACAUGCAGCCGGAGUGUACAUACUUUUGUUAUGUUGAUUAAAUGUAUUUCCCCUUUGUCAA